CUUUGUUCUGUACCUGCAGUGUUGUACUGAAGCCAGCGGAUCAAAUCCUUUGGGGGGGGAGGGGGGGAAGCACAAGGGACUCACGGGUCCCAGAGGGAAGAGAAAGAAGAUCCUCUUAUACAAGUUCUUCGAAUGGUUGAUGGAGAGAAAAAACCUCCAAUGGGAUACAUAUAUGCAGCCAUGGAUCGAGCUAAAGAGACAAUUAUGCGGAGUUUCACUAUGAGAGACGAAAACUACAAAGCGGCGUUUAAGAUCAUUGAUAGAAGAUGGGAAUGUCAACUUCAUAGGCCUUUGCAUGCAGCUGGCUACUAUCUAAAUCCAGAAUUUCAUUAUUCAAAUGAAGACAUAGGUUGUGAGGAAGUCUUGAAAGGUUUUUAUGCUUGCAUUGAAAGGUUGACUCCGACAAUUGAGAUUCAAGAUAAGAUAAUAGCCGAGUUGGAUGCAUUUAAAAAUACUACGGGUCUCUUUGGUAUUCCAAUGGCAAUAAGGCUGAGAAAAUCACAAUCACCAGCUGAAUGGUGGUCUUCUUAUGGAUCUUCAACUCCAAACCUCCGGAAGUUUGCCAUAAAAGUUCUUAGCCUCACUUGUAGUGCUACUGGUUGUGAGAGGAAUUGUGGUGUUUUUCAACUACUUCAUACUAAAAGAAGGAAUAUAUUGAAUCAAUCUCGGUUGAACGACAUGGUAUUUGUGAAAUACAAUCGCGCUCUACAACGUCGAUACAAGAGGAAAGACACCGUCGAUCCUAUUGUGUUAGAUGAAAUUGAUGAAUGCAAUGAGUGGCUGACUGGGACAGUGGAAUCUAAUAAUGAAGAUGAUCUUGUGUUUGAAGAUGAUAACUUGACAUGGAAUGUAGUUGGUGAGGCCGCAGGAGCUAAUGAUCCAUAUUAUGCAACUAGAUCAGCAGCUGCUUCAAGUAGAUUUGAAAAAGGAAAAGGCGUUGCUACUGAUUCUGGUGGACAUGGUCGUUGCAAAGCACCUCGCAGGCCACUAUCUACUUCUAGUCCUAUGACUUUGGUUGAUGAUGAUGAAGAGAUGGAAGAGGAUUUCAUUGGACCAGAGUUUGAGGAUACGCUUUUCGAAAGAAUGAUUAUGAGUAUGAUGACUCUGGUUUUUAGAUGA